AUCGACGAGUGUCUGACCAAUCCCUGUGAUCCUAAUGCCAACUGUCAGAAUACACAGCCAGGAUUUAAAUGUGCAUGUAAACCGUUGUACGUACUGGAGAACAUUUGUGUUUCAGAUAUUGAUGAGUGUGUCACUGGAGAUUAUGUUUGUGCUGAACCAUCAGAGUGUGUGAAUAACCCUGGUGGAUACAGCUGCCAAUGUCCAAAUGGAUAUGUUGAGGAACUUGCUACCUGUAGAAAUGACAAUGAAUGUACAUUCUUGCCUUGUCCAUCUACUGCUACCUGUGACAAUACACCAGGAUCAUUUAAGUGCACUUGUAAGGAAGGAUUCCGUCAAACUGGACUGCAAUCUUGUGAAGACAUCGACGAAUGUACGGAAAAUAAGCACAACUGUGAUCCAAAUGCUCGAUGUACCAAUACAUUUGGAUCAUUUUUCUGUACAUGUAAACGUGGAUAUAAAGGAGAUGGUGUCAAUGGUACCUAUAUCGAUGAAUGUGCCACAAAGACUGAUGACUGUAAUCAUAUUGGUCAAAAAUGUAACAAUUAUGAAGGAGGGUUUGAUUGCAUGUGUCUUGACGGUUACGUUCGAUAUGGCAACUAUUGUGUUGGUAGGUGA